AUGGGCAAGAAAGGCAAGGGCAAGCAGCCCACGGGUGGUCGCGCCAAGGCAAGAGCAAAGGCCCAGAAACACUCGCCUGGUUCUGGCGAGUAUAACGGAGGACGCGCACAACAACGCCACUUCCUCGACGAUGCUGAUGACAACAGCGACAAGAUGUUCCGAGGCUUCGCCCAGAGUGGUCCGCGGGGCGACUUCUCCCCUCGCAAUGCUAAUGUCAAGCUUCGACAUCAAGCCAUUUCCUUUGUGAGCGCCGGCAGUAAUACACCCAUCGAGCUGGAAUCGAGCAAGCUGGCUGAGAAGGUGGCGGUUAGCUUGGAGGAGGAGGAUGAUGAGGAGGAUGGAGAGAGCUCGGAGGAUGAGGUGGAGUUCGAGGGCGAGUUUGAGGAGGAUGACAGCACAAUCCAGACCAACAUCCUUCAAGAGGCCGAUGGUGAUGGUGAAUUAUCGGAAGGUGCGAUCGGGAGGAUGAAUAUCGACGACAGUCCGCCCUCCCCAUCUCCACUGGAGUUUGUGAUUGACACGGCGGGCGAUCCGUCACUCGCCGCGAAGGCAAGCACGAAUAGCAAGCAGGCCAACGGCAAAGCACGAGUGGCACGAUCGCCUUCGCCUGCGCUGUCGGAUACGAGCGACGAUGUUGUGCUGUUCCACGGCCGUGCUAGCAUGACGGUUCGGACUGUGACAGACAAUUUCACACAGAAGCCAGCAGAGACCUCGAAGCCGCCACCUCCAGCCACUUCUAUCACGGCACCAGCCACUUCUAUCACGGCACCAGCUCCUGACCGCACACCUCACAUCACAGACGACUUGCUUGCUGCACUACGAGCUUCUCCAGGUCCGUCUGCGUCACCUUCACCUGCCAAAGGCUGGGCCACGCAACCAUCAAAGCACGAACGUGAAGCAGCUGCAUCUUCGAGUGACGCAUGGAAGCCUGCUCCUGCUAAGCCUUAUUGGAAGAGCAAGAAGGUCAUGCCACGACCAGAUCUCGAUCCUCAGCCAGAGGAGUUGGAGAUGCUGGAAGACACUCCUCUACGCGCAUCCAAAGUCAUGUUCCAGGCAGGAGCGAAGGAAAGGGGUGCAGAAGCAACGAUCGCAGAACUACAAGCAGAUUGGAAGAACACGCUCAAAGAGAAGAAGCGGACAAAUGCCAUCCCGCAGUAUGGUGAAGUGGAAGAGCUCGAGCUUGAUCUCGGUCGCAAGUCGAAUAGGAGAGGCAAACGAGGACGGAAGAAGUCGAACAGAGAGAUGAGGAACGCCAUCAAGUCGGAUGAUGAGGAUGACUCGGAGGCGGCGUAUGAUGACUAUAUGCAGAACCUUGCAGCUCAAUUGGCAGCUGAGGGUGGUGGAGCUGCGGCGCCUAUGCCUGCCACUUUCAUGUCAGACGCUGUGCUGGGUCCGUCGAUUGUGGUGAAUGGGAAGGAGGUGGCUGAUGAUGCAACGCUCAAGCACUCGAAUGAAGAUGAGUGGGAAGAUGAGGAAAGUACUGACACUGACAAAAUGAUUGGCGAGGAUGCCAGUGACCUGUCUGAUGACGACGGUCUGAAUUACUCGGAUAUGGAGUCAAGUGAUUUGGAAGAGGAGCUGGAGUACACCGAGCGGGAGCAAUGGGAAGACGAGCAAGAUCUGCGCCAACGUCGACAAGAUGCCAUGACCGACGAGCAACUCGCACGACUCUUCGCCAAGCAGGAAGAACUUGGUAUCAACUCCAAGGACCUUGUGAUCGACGACGGCAUCUACGAAGACGAGGACGACGCGAUGGAAGGUAUAGGCGAUCUAGUCGCCGCCCGCGUCGGCCUCCAAGACAUCUCCAACCUCAGCACCCCCACCACCCACACAACCAAACGCACCAAACGUGCCCGCAAAGCCCAAGGCGACUUCGAUUUCCCCGACGCCUCCGCCCUAGCCGAUACUCUCGACCAAUACGGCGCCCAAGGCUUCGACAUCAUGGACCUCGAGCGCCCCUCCCUGCGCCCCACGAAAAAGGGCCGGAAAUCCAAAGGCCAACUACCCCCAGAACUCGACGCACUCUCCGACGACGAUCUCCGGGAGACUAUGCUCGGAACCUGGGAGAACGACCGGGAAAAGAAACGGCUUAAGAAAGUCGAGCGGGAGGAGUUACGGCAGCAGGGUUUGUUGGGCUCGAGUGGAAGGAAGGGGAAAGCGGAUCUGGGGAUGAAGUACCUACAGGGCAUGACCAUGAAGCAAGUCUUGGAAGAAUUGAGGAUCUUCUUACAAGAUGAUGGGCAGAAAUCCCGCCCUUUCCCGCCUAUGGAUAAGAAGGAUCGCAAGACGCUGCAUGAGGUUGCUGGCGCGCUGAAUCUGAAGAGUAAGAGUGUGGGGACUGGGACGCAAAGGUUCCCGGUGUUGUAUAAGACGAGUUGGACGGCUGAGUACUCGGAUUUUCAUUUUGAGAAGAUUAUGGUUUCGGCUCAGAGGGGGUUUCUGAAGAAUAGUCUUCACAAGGGCAGGAACAAAGGUAGUGGUGCUGGUCGGGCUUCAGGUGGUGGUGGUGGUGGUGGUUCUGCCCGUAAACCUGGCGGCGGUGGAGCUGGCCGCGGUGGCGAUUUCGACAAGGCUGCUGUGUCGUUGAGAAACGGCGAGGUGGUUGGUGCUAAUGCGAAGGAAUUGGGUAAGGAGAAUUUCGGGCAUAAGUUGAUGGAGAAGAUGGGGUGGAGUGCUGGGAUGGCAUUGGGCAAGGAGGGGGAGGGGAUGAGGGUUCCGGUUGCGCAGGUUAUGAGGACGGGGAGGGCGGGGUUGGGUUGA